UACACGAUCCCAAUUGACGGUACUGUGUAUCGUGAGCAAGAACGACUACACAAGCAACAUUUCCCGGCUUGGAAGUGUCACCAACUACAGAAUUGUCAAGGAGCAGAUCCCAGGAACAUGAUCCAGGAAUACUUGAGACACAAUGAGACUUCCAUACACGUUCCCGUGACUCAUGAAAGCCUGCUACAGAGACUGGCGUCAAUCCGCGAGCAAUUAAAAAUGAAUAGGAGAAUAGAUAAGAGCCUUCACAUGGACAUUGGUUCCGUCGAUAGUUCAUCCCAGUCGAACAAUCACUCGGAUACAUUCAAUAUCUUUCGCUCUGUUGACCGAGCUCCUGUCCAAUGGCCUCCUUCUCACUCUUCAGGGAGAAAAUGCAAGUACCGAGAGCGAUGUUCAUUCAAAACUCGCUCCCGAAAGCUCGAGCAUGUCCCUCCGGAGAUCAUGAAGCAAUACAAACAGAAAAAAUACAAAGACAAUCCCAAUACGAAUGCCCUUGCUUCUAGCAAGCAGAAGAAAAAGAAAGAGAAGGAAAAGUCGAAAAAGCCACAAAAAGCGGUGGACGGAAUGGAUAAAACAGACUUGGUUAGGGCUAUGCAGUAUGAACACCCAACUAGGACUCUUGACAUUGGGGCGGUCAACGGCAACCUGAAUAGAAUAUUGACUGAUAAGCCCCAAUUGAGAUCCAAGAUUAAAGCCUGUCUCCAAGAAGUCGUUCGCCAUGCUUCGAAGACCAAGCGCACUUGAGAGAGCUAUUGGCCAGUACAUUGAGCAGCUUUCAGCUACCGAUGUCAGCAACACAGACAGAAAACUGCUCGAUCUUAUCUGCCCACGUAUAUUUAGCAAGAGUGUGGCCGGCAAUGAAGGCCCCAAUGGAGCUGAGAAGAAGGAUAAUGUAGAGAAUGAUGAGAACGAAACGAAUGAUGCCAACACGACCUUCCUGCUAUCACUUCUCAUGUGUAUCUAUAACAAGAGGCCCCCAACUGGCAACGUAAAGGAUCCUCAUGUGCUCAACUUCAUCCAUAAGGCCAAGGACUUUUUGCCAGCUAUGGCAGAUGCUGGCUCGAUCAAUACAAGAAUGCGCUAUCCAGGCUCAGUUGUCCUGAGAUCAACUGCCACGCAACUCAAGGUUGAGUUAAGGAGGAAUUAUAAGGAGGGCGCACAAGCACUUUGUGAAAAGGUAUGCGCGCCUAGCUCUAAUGAGUGCUAUCAUCCCCACUCAAG